CAGGGCCUGCCAUGGCGGGCAGCGCGGGCAGCGGGGAGCGGAGCCCGGACUCGCUGCGGCGGAGGCUGCGGAGCGCGGAGGAGGCGCAGCAGCGGCAGGCGGGGCUGGUGCGGCAGCUGCAGGACGAGGUACUGCAAUACCAGACCUGGUGUCGAGUGUUGGAGCAGCAGGUGAAAGCUGGCGGGGGAUCCCUUCCAGGCAGGUGGAAAGCCACAGCAGACUACAGCCUGGAGAAAGCACUGCUUCAGGUGGAAGAGGAGCAGCAAAGGUGUGAGAAUCUGGCAGAAGUGAACACUCUCCUGCGGGAGCACCUUGAUAAAGCCAACGAGGUCAAUUCUGCCCUCAGAGAAGAUGUUGGGAAGCUGACGGCGGAUUGGAUGAGGGCCCGGGAGGAGCUGGAGUUGAAGGAGAGUGAAUGGCGCAGUGAACGUGAGCUUUAUGACAAUCACUUAAGGGGGGAACACAACCGGCUGCUCAGCCUGUGGCGGCAGGUGGUGACCUUCCGCCGGCAUUUUCUGGAAAUGAAGACUGCCACAGACCGAGAUUUGUCAGAGCUGAAGGCAGAACAAAUGAGGCUUUCUGGAUCUAUUCUUGUGAGCUGCUCCCGCCUGAACUCCUGUGUGCAGCUCAGGGAGUCCAUCCCUCUGGGUAAACCUGUCCAGAAGGAUCAGGCAGAGCAGCAAGUGGAACCAAAAAUAAACCAGACAGCUGAGGAAGUGAUAGCCUUACAAGUCAGGUGGGACAUGGAGAAGAAAGAGCUUCAGGACAGGGUGAUGGAGCUCUCAGCCUUGCUUGUACAGUCUCAGAAGCAGAACGAGGAGAAGGAGAAGACCAUGAAAACACUUAACGACACAGUGGAGAUUCUAGAAUCAAGCUGGAUAGAGAAAGAAUUUGCAGCUUCAUUGACUAACAGUGCCAAAGAAGAGAAUCUUUUACUUCAAAAGCUCAUUAAAAAUAUCACUGAGAUGGUGCUAGAUGACAGUGACAGCAUGGUCAGCAUUAUCUGCACUGACAGUUCCCAGCAUGCAGUCCCUGGGGACAUCUUCUCAGCUCCGAGAUCUGUUGAUACAGGACAUGCCUUUGGAUUGGUUCUGGAAGCACUGGCAAGGAUGCGAGGGGCAACACAGGCCCUGAGAGAAGAGCUUUCUGCUAGGCAGGACUCAAACAACAUUCUGCUGCAGCAGCAGAGACAUCAGGAAGAUAAGUGCAGGGAGGUGCAGCAAAGGCUUGAGCAACUGGAGGAGAAAUGCAAGAAGUCCAGCAGCCACCAACAGCACCUUCAGUCUUUAGUAGAAACACUCAGAAGUGACUGUGCAAACCUCGAGAAAACUAGGGAAGAGUUACAGGAACAGCUUGGAUUAAUGGAGCAAGAAGCCUCAUGUCUGCGUCAGAGUAACGCUGAGCUGCAGAUGAAGGAAGAGUCAGCCCAGGCAGAAAAGGCAGAGCAGCAGGACAGGAUGGAGAGAGCACGCCAAGAGCAGGAGCUCCUACUGAAGGAUUUGGCUGCACUUGAGGAAAAGCACUCAUCAUUGCAGAGCGAGCUGAUUGUCAAGAGACAGACACUGGAGAAAUUGCAGCUUCAGAAGGAUCUGCUGGAGCAAGAGAAGGAUGAGUUUGCCAUGGCUCUGGAGAAGGCAGAGCGGUCAGUGGCUGAGCUGAUGGGGACUCAGAGCAAGAUGAAUGCUGAAAGAGCUGAUCUACAGGCUGCAGCAGCAAAAAUGAGCAGCAUCAAUGAAGCUCUUGCAUUGGACAAAGUGCAGCUGAACAAAUAUGUGUGGCAGCUAGAGCAAGAGAAGGAAGUUUUGUCUGCUAAAGUGGGUGAGAUGGAGAGAGCAAAGAUCUGUGAGCAGGAGAAGCUGAACUUCUGUGAAGGAGCAAACAAAGAGCUCUGUGCAGAGAAAGCCAAGCUAGAGCAACUGCUGAAGGAAGCAGAGGAGCAACAGGAGAAGCUGUGGUUAGAGCUUAGGACACUGGAAGAAGAGAAAGCAGAAACCCAGGAGAAAUUCCGUCAGGUGACCAAAAGUAUGGUGCAUCCAUGUGGGCACUGGGCUGCUUGUAUGGGAAGCUUUACCUGUUGGAUUUUGCAGUGGUUUUGUCAAGGGGACACAUGGAACAUCCUGCACUGUGUUGGUUCUCUGGCUGGUGGCAGAGAAGCUGAAGGCCCCCGCAAGAACCAGGAUCUACACAUUCCAAGUGUUGCCUCACAUAGUGGUCAACUCCACCACUCCUCUGAGGCACCCAAGGGAUACAAAUGUCUCUCAUGGCCAUCUGUUGCCUUGGUCCACAGGCUGACUCAGUCUCUGGAGGAAAAGGACCUGAGUCUCAGAACCCUGGAAGAAAACAACCUGGCCCAGAUCAAUCAGGUGUCUCAGCUUCGUUCUGCCCUUAACCAGGCUGAGGAGCUCCACUCAGAGCAUAGAAGAGAACUGCAGGAGCUCAACACCCAGGUAAGCUGUGCAUUCCAUCCUUUUCUCCAGGGACACACAACACCACCUUUGGCAUGGAGGCCCCAACAUGUGCUGGAGGCUGAGGUGUCUGAGCUGCGUCUGAGGCUCCAGAGCUCUGAGGAAAGAGCAGAGGCCAUGGCCACACAGUGUCAACAGGCCAGUGGUGCCCACCAGGAAACUCAAUCCCAGCUGGACAAACUGCUCUUGGUUCUCUACCACAUGAUCAGGGACAGCAGAGACUUGAUCACUUGGAACUCUGAAGCGGCUUAUGUCGUGGGCCUAACUGAUUCUCAGGCCGGGGAUGUCCCUGCAGACCUCACAGUGGACAGAGUGACAGCAGCUCUGCAAGACCUGCAGCAGCACCUGGAGCAUUCCCAGAAAGAUCUGAAUAAUGCAAAGAAGAAGAUACAGGCCUUGGAGUUGGAGCUGGGUACAGGGCAGGCUCAGAUGGACAAUCUCAGAGCCAGCAGUCAGAAGCUGCAGAAGGAGUUGGAUGAAAGUCAGGCAGCAUUAUGGAGGGCAGAACAGCAGAAGACCUCUCUAGAAACUGCCCUGAAGGAAGAGGCUGUGACUGUUCGUCAGGAGGUGGAAUCACUGCAGAGGAAACUGGAGAGCCAGGAGAAGGAAAGGAAGGAUCUUCUGCAUGAACGGGACAGGCUGCGGGCAGAUAAAGAAAAACUAGAGUAUGAGAUAAAACUUCUGGAGGAAUCAGUCACAGCCUCUGAAACCCGAGCGAAUACAGCUGUAGACAAGAAUCACUCCCUUGAACAAGAACUCCAAACCGCGCUCUCCAUGUUAAAAAUUAAAAAUGAGGAAGUGCAAAACCAGGGGAAGAAAAUGGAGAUUCUUCAGAAAGAGGCAGCAGAGACCAAAGCUUUGCAGGAGCAUCUCACUCGUGUGACUGGCAUCCUGUCAGAGAGGGAGGGAGAAAUGAAGUUGUACCAAGAGCAGAUGAGAAUGUUGGAAAAGCAGAAAGAAAUGCAUAAAACUGCUCUUAAUCAGGUUAUCAAGGACAUAACAGAGAAAGAACAGAAGACAGAAUCCCAACAGGAACAGAUACAGGAACUGGAGAAGCAGCAAGAGAAGCAAAGGAUUGUUUUAAGUAAAAUGAGCCAAGAGCUGGAAGAGAAGGACCAGGAGAUCAGAUCCCAGCAAGAACUGAUAAAGGAGCUGGAGAAGCAGUUAGAAUUGCAGAACUCUGCUGUCAGCAGGGUGAGCAAAGAACUGGAAGAGAGACACCAGGAGAUCAAAUUCCAGGAGGAGAAAAUAAUGAUUCUAGAACAGCAUGGUGCCAUACAAGUCAGAAAUCUGCUUGUGGAUCUUGAUGAUAUGAAAGGAAACCUGAAGGAGAAAAGGUUGGAGCUUCUUUCUCUGACUCAGCAGAUUCAAGAAUUGGAAAAGGAGAGGGAAGAUGUGAAAUCUCUAUAUGCUAGCCUUGAACACCUGAGGACUGUUCUUAAGGAUAGAGAGAGUGAGUGUGACACUCAAAGGGAAGAGUUAAGGCUCUUGCAGCAGCACAAAGAACAGCAAGAUGGGCAUCUGCAAGAGCUUCUUGGUAAAGUAGAAAUCAUGACACUUUCUUUAUCUAAAAAAGAUGAAGAGCUUGAGUCACAACAAAAGAAAAUGCAGGAAGUUGAAGAAGUCAUGCAGACACAGUUAAAGAGUGUCCGUGACCAACUGGAGCAGACCUUAGCAACCUUAGAAGAAAAAGACAGACUUAUGGACAUCCAAAAGCAACAAACAAGGAGCUAUGAGGAAAAAACAGAAGAACAGAUGAAUGUCUUGCACAGAGACUUAGAGUACUCUAGGACAAUACUGAAAGAAAAGGAUUUAACAAUUGAAUCUCAGAAGGAACUGAUUGACACCUUCCAAAAACAAAAGCAAGACUCUGAACAGCAGAAGCAAAUUCUACAGUGUCUUCAAGUGGAACUAAAGGAAAAAGUGCAGGAAAUUUUGUCCCUUAGAAAGCAAUGUGAGGCAUGCAAAGAAAAGGAGGAAAAGCAUGAAGCUGAGCAAAGAAAUUUCCAUGCAAUAACACUGACUCUGAAAGAAAAAGAGGAAAAGAUUUGUGUUCUGGAGGGUGCCAUCACAAAGCUUCAAGAGCAGAAGGAAGAGACAGCAGUACACACUAAAGCCAUACUGCAAAAACUAGAAUGUGCUGAAUCUUCUAUUGAAGCUAAAGAUCAAGAGUUAGUGUCUUUGCAAGAGCAUGUCCAGGACCUUCGAGAGCAGAAGGAGGUGGCAGGCAAGCAGGCCAAAAGUCUAGAGCAGGAUCUAGACAAAGCAAACCAGAUGUUGCAGAAGAACCAUUUGGAGUUCCUCAGGCAGACAGAGCAAAUUAACACAUUCCAUCUUCGUGAAGAAAGCAUGAAAGUAGCACUAACAUCAUGCCAGAAGCAAGUGACUCUGCUUGAGGAAGUGGUGAGGAAGAAAGAUGAAGACAAUGACGUUCUUAGGCAAAAACUCCAGCACGUAGAAGAAGAACUGAGGACUUUGCAGAAUCUCCAGCUUAGGCUAACUGAGAAGAAUGAAGAGGUUAGACAUGAUGGAGAGCAAGAGUUCCUGAAAGAAGCCUUCCCUGAGAGAGAAGGAGAGAUCAUGACUCAAAGUGAGCGAAAGCAGUCAGAAGAGGAAAUAAGAGCUCUUCAGGAAGAUCUCCAGCAUGUUCAGCAGACUCUGACAAAGAAGGAUAAAGAGAUCAAGUACCAGACAGACAGAGUCAAGUAUUUAAAGAAGACUCUGAUAGAGAGAGAACAAGAGCUUAGGAGGCAGAGUGAAGUCCUGAAAGAAUUAACACUGGCUUUGCAAUGGAAAGAUGAAGGAGAAACCCUAACAAAACAAAUCCAAAAACUCCAAAAAUGGGAGGAAGAGGAAGAACAGAAAAGGAAAAUUCUCCAGGAGAGAGACCAUCUCUUGCAAAGGCAGAAGGAAAUUACCCAACAAUUGGAAGCUGAGAGAGAAGCCAAUAGCGAAGAGUUGGAGUUUGUGGCUGCUGCUUUGAAGCAGAGAGAAAGCAGAGAACAUGAAUGGAGAGAGAAUGCACAAGUCCUAAGUGCUGCACUGAGCAAGAGUGAAAUGGCCAAUGGGAAUCUGAAGAAAGAAAUAACCAUCCUGCAGAGAAUGGUUGCAGAGAGGGACACAGACCGAUUUCAUCUCCAGCAGGCUAUUGCUGAAGGGGAGCAGCUGUCAUGGCUCUCAGAGAAGAGACUCAUGUUGCAGAGCCUGGAAUGUCUGCAGCGAGCAAUUGCAAAGCUGGAAGAUGAAAAAGUGGAGCUCAAGCAACAAAACACUGAACUCAGGAGGACUCUUGAGCAGUGGAUGCUGCUGCCAGCGUGGGCUUGUCUGAGCCGGGCCUUGUGCCUCUUUCAGGUGUCCCUGCUGCAGUCACAGCUGGCCCGAGACCGACAGCACCGGCACAACUACAUUGAGAGCUGUUCAAGGACCAGCCAGGAGCUGUCAGACCUUCACCAGCAGCUGUCCUGCUCCUUUGCAGCUGUGCUCAAAGAGCCCAAAGCUGCUGUUCUGGAAGAAGAGACUCGGAAGCUGGAUCGGUCUCUGAGCCUUAACUCAGCACGGACAUCCCUGACCCAUCAGUCUCUGGAGAGAACCCCCGAGCAUUCAAGAACCAGACCUGCCAGAAAUGAUGAUGACCUGAGGUAACAGCACCUCUGGUCUCCAUUUGAAUGGAAGGAUUCUAAGACAAAGAGCUCAUGGAUGUGAGAAAUGGGAUCAACACUUCAGGGCAGGGCUACUCCCUGCCUUUAGCAUCUGUUGGUCUCACACCUUAUGUUGAGGAUUAGGAUCUAUGAAGCAUUAUUUCAUGAAGUAGAUGACUUCUGGGGCCAAAAUGUGAAUAUGUGAGAACAACAACAUAGGUAAGGAGAGAGAAUGAUGUGUGGAGAAGGAAGCCCAAACAAGAAAUGAAUAAUCCCUGAACAGUAAGACUUGUGGGUGACCUCUGUCCAAGGGCAGCUACUUAAAAUAAAAGGACACAAACAGUGCUACAAACAGUUAAACUAACACAAGUUUGUGGUGUUUGCAUUUGCAAGCAUCUCCUAGGAACAGACAUUUUAAUUUUUUUUUAAUUAAAUUUUUUUCAGAAAAAAAUUA